CCGGGCGGGCGGCUGGCACCAUGAAGAUCUGGACUUCCGAGCACGUCUUUGACCACCCAUGGGAAAUGGUUACCACGGCUGCGAUGCAGAAAUACCCAAACCCCAUGAAUCCAAGCGUGGUUGGCGUUGACCUGUUGGACAGACAUGUCGAUCCCUCUGGAAAGUUGCACAGCCACAGGCUCCUCAGCACAGAGUGGGGCCUGCCUUCCAUUGUGAAGUCUCUCAUUGGUGCAGCAAGAACGAAAACCUACGUCCAGGAGCAUUCUGUAGUUGACCCGGUAAAGAAGACCAUGGAACUCAGGUCCACCAACAUCUCAUUUACAAAUAUGGUCUCAGUCGAUGAGAGGCUCACAUACAAGCCGCACCCCCAGCACCCAGAGAAAACUGUCCUGACCCAGGAAGCCAUCAUCACCGUAAAAGGGGUCAGCCUCAGCAGCUACCUUGAAGGACUCGUGGCAAGCACCAUAUCCUCCAACGCUAACAAAGGCCGAGAAGCAAUGGAAUGGGUGAUCCAUAAACUGAACGCCGAGAUUGAAGAAUUGACAGCAUCAGCCAGAGGAAGCAUAAGGACCCCAAUGGCGGCCGCAGCAGCGUUGGUGGAAAAAUGACAAUGGAAAUUGGUGUGCAGCUGCAGGGCCCCAGGACUCUUCAAGCUGACAUCAUAUUUAUUUGUUAUUUAAAAAAAUAUAGCUACUUUAGGUAGGUUUUAUUUUUUUUUAAUGAGCUGGGGAAAAGCUGUGACUUGAUCAAAACAAAAGAUGGAGCGGGUCUGAGUCAAAGUGAUCGUCUGAGGUGGAAGGGCUUGAGGGGCUGGCUGGAGUCUUGUGUGCAUCUGGACAGUUACAGGCUUGUUUGUUGUUGUUUAAGUGCUUAGAAGAAAUCGAUGUUGUCUCGAGUCUCCUUAGGUAUAGAAUCUUAGCCUUUCAGGUACUGAAGCCCUGCGUGGCUGUGGACCAACCAGAACAAAGGCCGGCUGCCCUCGAGUGCACACAGUUGCCCGACGCGGUGAACUAGAACCUCCUGCGUGAGGAACUCACUUUAAAAAGAGACAUUGAUAAUUUCAAAUGAUAGUAAUUUGUAUAAAAUAACUUGCCCUGCUGGAAA